UGACAUUGUAAUUUUGACAGUUCAUGGAGUUCACGCACUGUGUUGUGUAACUAUUUUGCAAAAAAUAUAUUAAGUACCACAAUGAGCCAGCUAUUAAAAUAUAAAUACUAUGACACCCCCGAGGGGCAGGACAUCUUUAUGAAGACUUUCGCGGCUUCCAAAUAUGCUGCGCUCUCUGGUGUGACCCUCGGUACGCUGGAUAUCCUAAUGUAUUCUCAUCCCAAAGGUUUUGCAAGCACCGUAGGAAGGAUGGCAUGGUUUGUGGGCCCCCUUGUGGGCAUGGCUGCGGGAUUCACAGUGACCACUAAUGCUGUGCAGAACAUUCGAGGAAAGAACGAUAAGUUGAACUAUUUCAUUGGUGGUGCCGUUGCCGGCAGUAUUUUCUCCGCUUGGCAGAAAGCCCCCAUCCUUGCUGUCCCUGCUGCAGUCAUCCUGGGUGUCGCCGGCAUCGUCAAGAAGACCUCUGUUGAGGAAGGCUGGAUAUUCUUCCCAGACAUCAUCCAGGCACCCAAGUCCAUUAUAUCAGGGAAACGUGACUUCACUAUGGUUAAAGAUGUUGAUGAGUUGAAGAACUGGACUGCAGGUUCUAAGUAAAUGAACAUCAACAGAUAGGUCCACAUCAGGAUUUAGUAGAAUGUAAAUAAGAUCAACCAUUAUGUUAUUUAAUUGUUUAAGUAUAACAAUAAAUCAAGUCUUGUA